ACAUCUGCCAACCUAGUUCCAGCAAAUUGCAUCAACGUCAACGACACCUUCAAUCACCGCCGGAGCCAUGAAAACGUUGGCGACGAUCAAUUCCCUUUGCUCCUGGAGAGCUCUCUGCACCACUGCCCUCUCCAUCUCGUCGUCAUCCUUCUUCCUCUUGGACUUCAGGAAAGCCCAGCUGCGCCGUAGGAGUGGACAAGGAUGGAAAAGGCGUAUGAGGAGCUGGUGUACAUGGCGAAGGGGUACAAGAUGGUCAACUAUUUUGAAGUCUCGAUUACGGCUCUCUUUCUAUACGACUAUUUGUUGAAUUUGGGCGACGAGCUUCGCUUUAUAUGGCGACGUCCUGGAUGGGGUAUGGGCAAGGCGCUCUACGUGCUUGCUCGGUUCAUUCCAUUUGCUAUCAUACCUAUCACGCUCUCAGACCAGUUACCGUUUCCUGUUUCUGAGAACUCAUGCUUGCCUUUGUUCUUCGCAAGCACAGCUACGCAAGCUUUCGCAAUUACCGUCUCGCAGUGUCUAUUCAGUCUGCGUAACUAUGCGAUGUGGGACGGAAAACGUCUUCCGAAAUACAUCUCCAUCUCCAGUCUCGUUAGCUCGCUCAUUAUCGUCAUCGUUCUAUUGGGUAUCUACUUACCCUCCGUACACUUUGGCCCUUCUCCGAUCCCGGCUAUCUCGACUUGCUUCAAGACGGCGGGAAACAGUACAGGUAUAUCAGGAACGUUCAUCGUUGUCAUCUUGAAUGAAGCUAUACUUCUCGCGUCAAUUAUGAUCAGACUACGGCAGCAGAUGGAAAAGGCACCUAAUCAACUACUCGGAACGUUGAUGCGAGACGGAGUACUAUACUGCUGCGUCAUAUUUUUUCUAUCGUUCAUCAAUGCGGUUGUAGAGUUCACUGCGCCUAUCGCAUACUUGGAAGUGAUAGAGAUGUUCCAGUCCAUCCUGCAAACGAUGCUUGCGACGAACAUGCAACUUCACCUAUGUCGAGUGCAUGAGUUCACCGCAAUGAGCAAAGGAGUCGACAUCUCAAAUGUCACUGUCAUGCAGUUCUCUGACAGGGGCGAGUCGAGUGCCGGGAUGGUGUCUCAGCCGGACGACGACGACACAGUCGUCAUGAUUGGUCAGCAGAAUAAUGCCACCAUGCAAACGUUUACGCCAUAUCGACAUCUGCGGGAUGAAAUCCAGCUGAUGGAGUUGGGCAAGAGCGCAUAGAGCAUAUGGUUAGAUGGGCGAAUGGAACGAUGCAUUUUCACAUAUACACAUACG